GACUAUGGCAGGUCAUGGCAGUUGGCGUCCUGUACAAUGUGUACCUGUUGUGCUAAUGACCUAGUUUACUGAAGCACCUUCAGCAGCAGAGGUCAUGGCAAAGCGACCACUGACCUGGUCGGAUUCAGGCAUCUGAGUUUCAGUUGCAUCUGUGUGUAUAAACACCUGAGAGUUUGUUUUACAUCUUAUAAUAGAUACUGCUGCAUCUUUGAUGUUAGUGUCCAUGUGGACAGCGUCCACAUGACCUUGGUAUUGUCUUCGUGAAUAUUUCAACAUAAAGUGAAGGAUGAGAGAGAAGGGAAUUAAGCGUGUCAACCGGCCCAAGAUCAACAGACUACCACUGUCAAGGGCUCAGCACUACACCAGUGGGUUAAAUAUACCUGAAGAAAACUGUGAGGAUGAAGUUGACAGCUGCACCACUACUCAAGAUGAGAUCAAGCCAG